AUGGAAGCUCUCUGCGAUCUCCGUCGUGCUCUCCUUCCCAGGGUCCCCCGGGUAUCCCUUUUCCGACCUGUGAAACCCUUCUCGGUCAUUGUCUUCUCCCGGGAGCCCUUCCCCUCAUCCGGGUUUCCUACCUUCCGGCGGCCGUAUCUGUCCGUCAGGGCCUUCGGGGGCCCGCUGAGCAGCGUUCCUCCAUCGUCGAAAGGGGAAACCUCGGAUGGCGCCGUCUUCUCCCUGCUGAAGCCUCUGUGUGUCGUCCUCGCCAUCGGGGCAGCUCUCUUCUCCGGCCUGCACAAGCCCUCGGCUGCUCUAGCUGUUCCUCCCGUCGCGGAGUCGGAUACCCUCCCUUCACCCUCCCCGGCCACUGAGGAGUCCGAGGACCUCAGCGAGGAGGAGAAGGAGCGGAGCCUCGAGGACUACCUGGAAACUUACCCCGAGGAUACGAAAUCUCUUCGCGCUCUGAUGAAGCUCAAAAUCAAGGCGCAGAAACUCCCCGAGGCCAUCGCCAUAGUCGACAGGCUUAUCCUCCUCGAGCCCGGUGAGAAGGACCUGUUUCUCCUCAAGGGCCACCUGCAGAGCUACGGCGGGGACACGGAGACUGCGAAGCAGAUGUUUGAGGAGGUCCUCCGCAAGGACCCCCUCUUUGUGGAGGCCUACCACGGGCUCGUGAUGGCAGCAGCUUCAGGUUCGGAGUCUGAGGGGUUUGCCCUCACAGGCAUUCUCGAGAGGAUUCAGGGUGCGAUGGAGCUGUGCAAGAAGGAGAAGAAGAAAGAGGAACUGCGAGACUUCAAGCUGCUGGUUGCCCAGGUCAGGGUCAUGGAGGGGAUGUACGAAGAGGCCCUCGAGGUCUACCAGGAGCUGGUGAAGGAGGAGCCAAGGGAUUUCCGGCCAUACCUCUGCCAGGGGAUCAUAUACACGCUGCUGCGGAAGAAGGACGAAGCGGGGAAGCAGUUCCAGAAGUAUCGGCGCCUCGUCCCCAAGGGUCACCCGUAUGCCCAAUACUUCGACGAGAACAUGAAAGCCAUGAACAUCUUCCCACAGAUGGACGGGAAGGCCAAAACUGCUUCCCUCCAGAGGUAA